GAGGAUUUUCUUCUCACCUUGCAGGAUAUUAGUGCAGCAGUGAAUCCAGAGGCGGAGAAAACACACGCGCGCACACACAGGAUCACCGCGUUAACCUUAAACCUCAACCUGCUUCUAGCCCCAAUCCCAAUUCCAGCCCCCAAAUCAAGCCUCGACCCCGCUAAUCCGCUUUAAAUUGGUAAGAAAAGGCAAAAUGUCCGUCUUAUCUCCGCAGGCGCCUUUUCAGAGGCGGCGCACACGCGGCGGGCUUUAGGACCCAGCGGUGAUGAAGCUGCGGAGAGGAAGGAGGAGUACGGGGAGGAGAGCUGCAGCAUCUGCGGAGAGACGCGCAGAGGAAAGUUCAUCGUGGAGGAGGUCACGUUCUCCGCGUGAGGAGGAGGAGAAGAGGAGCGGGAUGGGAGCGGAGGAGGACUAGCGAGGAGCCGAGCUGCCGAGUCAUCGACAUUCCCACACGGAGUCUGGAUUUGGCCCGUGCGUCCUGGAGGAGAGCUGGAACUGAAGCAGGACCCCCGAACCUCCACUCAGCGAGCGAAAGGUCCCCACAGUUUCCUGCAAGCUCAGAGUGAAAGCCAUCACAAAUCAGGAGCAAAGGACUUUGGUUUUCUCUGGAAGCAACAGCUCGACCAACUGUAGCUGCAGUUGCUUUCACAGAUCAACCGCCUUCACGCAGGUCCUCAAUCCAUUCAUGCUGCGUCUGACUGGAGGUGUGACUCACUUGACCGUGCCUCCUCUCACCUGAGACAAUCCUGCGUCUUCCGACACUUCUUCUGUGACUUCUAGUAUCAGGUUUGGAUUCCUCCUGGUUGAUUCCAGAGGAUCCUCGUACAAACUUCAUAUUUCAUUGCCACCGACGGAUCCUGAGGGCACCAAAAAUCCCUGUUUUCAUUAUUCCAUCCGCUGCUAAUCUCCCUCCUCCAUCACUGGAGUUGACAAUUCCAUCUUGCAUGUGAGAGAAAGCCGUUGACAUUAACAUAUUCAUGAGCGAAGGCGCUCUCAUUCAUCUGAGAUGUGAAGGACCGUGGGGUUCCACUGCACGACACGUGAGAGCUGGAGUCCUAAACGUCCCGAAAAAGAUCCUUCGACCCGCGCCAGGGAGAAGAUUUUAGCAGAUUCAGGCAUUUGAGAAAAGAAUAUGAAGGAAUUGAAUUAAGGAUGGUUUAUCACUGAGGCCAUUGCUAAAACCGCCAUACGAUCAUCUGGGACACGCUGCUGAGUACGUUUACUUGUGGAUGAGGUGGAAUGCUGCCCGGUUGGCAAUAAGAGACAGGGAUGGAAAAUCGAGAUGAACUGGAGCACCCUCUUCUGGGAGAAACCCCACACAACAGCACGAAUAAACCAGUGCUGACCACGGGUCAGGCUCCUGGGGGCCACUUCAAGGGAAUACUGGUCAAGUGUGAAGAGGACAGCGCUUAUCCCCCGUUAGCGUGGAGAGGCUAUUGUGGACAUCACGCGCCGGAGCUGCAGCCGCAGCAAGUUCUGGACCCGUGUUCCUUACCCUGCACACUUGAGUCCUUUUACCCCUCAGCCCCCAUCUGGGGCCACACAGACUCUCUGCUCAGCAAGGACUACCUAGAGACCACGUUCGUCGACAUUCGGCCCGGCUCCACGCUGGAGAGGAAACUGCUUGCCGAGAUGCAGGAUCUACACAGCGCCUCCUACAGCAUAGACGAUGAAGAUGACCUGCUUCCAGACUCUGACGACUCGUCCAUCGAAGACUUCAGCGACACGGACAGCGACACCAACUUCCCUCUGAUGAUCCCUCAGGACUACCUGGGCUUGGCCUUCUUCUCUAUGCUCUGCUGCUUCUGGCCCCUCGGCAUCGCUGCUUUCUACCUGUCACAGAAGACAAACAAGGCGUCGGCUCAGGGGGAUUUCCAGGGGGCGAACGCGGCGUCCCGCCAGGCUCUGUGGCUCUCCGUCCUCUCCAUCGUGUUUGGAAUCAUCACCUACAUCUGUGCCAUCGCCGCACUCAUAUCCUACCUGUCGGGAAAACCACCAUAAGAGCGACACUGAACACACACCAGACGUCACCACAACACCUGUCACCUGUGCAAUCCUCACAGUGUUUGUGAAUUUGUUUUACCGGACAGCGUCAUCAGUUCAUCGCUUUUGUAGCUAGAAAUGGCAUUUACGUUUCUUGUCACUCUUAAGUCAGGAGUUUUCGUACAACCCUAAAAUCCAAUCUGUACUUGUUUAGGGAGUUUAAAAUAAACUCAGCAGAGUAAAUAUGGCUUUCCCUUCUUUGAUAAUUUUGUUACCUGAGAACUGAGUUUAUAAAAAAAAAAGUAAUGUGAUUUAACACUGUUGCGACAACACAAAUUUCAGAGUAUUGUGGAAGUAUUCUCCCCUAACGACACUUGGUGUUACCUGCAUGUACAGCGACUUUACUGUGACUCACCUUCCAAAGUUAGAUAAUAUUACUAAAAAACGAACAGGAAUAAGGUCAGAGCCGCUUAGCAUGUUAGCCUUUAGCUUCUUUCGCUGUCAGGGAAUUAAAAUUCUGAGCCUAAUAUAGAAAUUAAGGAGCAAUGAAGGAGCUAUUUAAAGGGAACUUGCCAUCUUGUGGAACAAUUUUGCAGAAGAAAAAAAGGACAUGAAAAAUAUUGACGUAUAUUUUCAAUUGUCAUUCCUCUAUGCGUGGGCGUUUUAUUUUGAAGGUGAGAUUUUUUAAAAAUCACUUUCCAUCAAUAGCUCCUUACAUCGGAUGUUGACUUUACGUUUUACACAGAACCUUCUCAAUUGCUUUGUUAGUGUCUGACAUUCGGUGGGGAAACUGUGUGUAAAAGAGAAACGGGCUAUUUACCAGAAUGGGGACGGAUUGGUUUGCUGUUAUUUCGUGUUUAUUUAAUUAAUUUGAGGCUAAAUUUACACAUUACCCAGAAAACUAGACAUACAAGAGCGGUGUAAUCGGUUUAAUCUUGAAGGGCACGGCAGGAAACAGUCUACCGUUCGGUUGAAUAAGCCGUGAAUAAACGGAAAUCAUAUAAUAAAUUGCAAUUUAAUUAAAGUGGAAUCUGAUUUAGUGAAGGGAAACGCUAAUCUGAGCGGUGUAGUGUGUCACCCAUGCACUUAAUUGUUUAAAAGAAAAUGCAUUUUACUGUUAAUAUGCUCAGAAAAUUAUUCAUUUUUUGGUUUUUAUCCCCCAUAGCAAAAAAAAGGCUCACAAAAACUGCCAUAAUAUUAGCUAAAUUAAAUUAAAGCAAAUCUGAUUUCCGGAGGGAAAAUGCUAAUCUGAGCUGUUUAGUGUGGGCCGUGCAAGUAUUUAAAGAAACAAGAAAAACAACUGCACUCGCUACAUACAGUGUUUUUGUAAAUGAUCUUUAUUCCGUAAACAUUAAGCUACCAUUUUAUAAAGAGUUUUAACUGACCGAUUGUGAAGGUGAAAUGAUAAUGAUAAAAUAAGGAGGUUUCAUGCACCUGUUUUGGUCAGAGGUGAGUGAAGCUUUGUCAAAAAAACCCAUGUUUAGAUCAUCAUUUUGAAUCACCACUGUAGAUAUCAUCUUAUCUGAAUCCAGGAAAACUGUAUUUUUUAAUAAGAAAAAGGGGCAGCCAGCGUUCAGAACAACCUCCAUGGGAACUAUGCUGCAUCAUUCUGCUUCAGUGAGGCCAAACGUUACCAGACUCCUGCACACCAGACGCAACAGCGUGACCUCGAAAAGAGCAUGAUUCUUUCUAGUCUGAUCUAUAAAUACAGUGAUUCUGCAAGUGCCAACAACAAAAUAUCAAAAUGCUAUUCACGGAAUCCAAAAAUAGCUGCUGCUGGAUUGUGAUUACAAAUUUAGAUUCUGCUAUUUUUGUCUCGUAAAAACUAGAAUGGUGCUUCAAAUUAGUCAAAACAGAUGUGAGCCACGUGAUGCAUGAGUCAGCUGUUGGGGUCACGACCGCAUGCGUGCAGAGCUCAUGAUACAGAAGCUGAUUGAGAGUCCUUAAACGUGCCAUCGGCGAGGCAGCGACCGAGGGUUUUGUUUCUCAAGAAAGAUGUACAGUUUUAUAGCUGCUUUGUUGUAACAUAGACAAGUUGUUCGUGUGAAUCCUCGUCACGUCGUCCAGACUCUGACCCCCCAUCACUGGACACCCAACGUUUCUCAGUCGCGUGUCUAUCAGAAGCUACUUUGCCUGGAGGGAAGUUUCAGGCUCAAAGUUUGUUUGGAAGAAUUCUGUCGGAGGAUUUCGAAAAGAGCUAUUUACUCCACUGUCUUGCAUCACUGCUGAGGGAGAUAAUAACUUCUGCACUCAGGAGAGUGACUGUGAAAGUGAUGUGGUGAAAUAAUGUCUUCAUAUAUUGUCAUCCAUGCACUUAAAUGUAAAAAAACAAAAUGCAUUUUACUGUUUGUGCACAUAAAAUAAUUAGUUUUAACUCAAAUAAAAACAUGUUCAUACUUAUCCAUGCAUUUUUUAAAUUUGUAUUUAUAUAUUUUGUCCAUAUGACACCUUGCUGAGCAUUGGUGUCAUGCUAUCUUUAGGUAUUUGAUGGAAUAUAGUACUAUGUAACAUGAUAAUAAUAAUAAAAAUAAUGAACCUGAUUUUUCUCUCCAUUAAAAUUAAUAUUUCAACAUUAUUUAAAAUAGUACAGUUCAAACAUUAUUUAGAAAUUGUGAUCUUGAAUUCACAGAUUCAUAACGAAUAUUUAUAUCCCACUUAGCCUUAUAUUUAAUUGAAUAAUGAAUAUUUUUCUUUUAAUCAAUUGUUUUUCAAGAAUAAGCAAAAAAGUCUCACAAAAAGUGCCAUUAAAUUAGAUCUUCUUGACCAUUAAAAACCUUUCUGACAGAAAUCCUUCAAGUCAAACUUUGAGCGUCAUCAGGGUUAUUAGAGGUCACUGCUUGUACAAGGGGACUUUGCUGUAUAUUAAAUGUAAAGACGAAGAGAACCUCAAUAAAUGCACUUGUUUGACUUUC